GCAUUGAAAAUUGGACAUCAAAGAUUAGAAUUUAACUAAUCAGAACAAAAGAAUUAAAAUUUCUUUGUUCUGAUUGAUCAAAUUUCAAUCAUCAACGAUUAGUCUAAUCUGUGAUUCAAUUGGGUGACAAAGUGUAAUUUUGUCUUCUUUCUAGGAAGCAGCCUUAAUUUUAUCGUCUUGUUUGUGAAAUGUAUAAAAUAUUUUUUAAAUAAUUUUUAUUUAUAUAAAGAAGUGUGUAAAUAUAUUUUAUAUAUAUAAGAUGUCGCAGAAGAAAAGAGUACUUAUGAUUUGUUUAGGCAAUAUUUGUCGUUCCCCAAUAGCAGAAGCUGUCUUUGAAAAUGAAAUGAACAAGAGAGGUUUGAAAAAUCAAUGGGAAGUAGAAAGCGCUGCUCUUAUAGGAUAUCAUACAGGUAAAGUGCCAGAUUAUAGAGCUUUGAGUACGCUAAAAGAAAAUGGGAUCACUAAUUAUUCUCACAGAGCACGCCAAAUUAAUAAAGAUGAUUUUAAUAAAUUUGAUUGGAUAUUUGGCAUGGAUAAUGAUAACAUUCAAGAUAUAAAUGCUCUAAAGCCAAAGGAAUGUCGAGCAAAAGUGGAGCUUCUAGGAAGUUAUGAUCCAAACAGAGAAGUCAUAAUACGAGAUCCAUAUUAUGAUAUUGAUAGCGCAGGAUUUCAAAAAGCCUAUGAGCAAUGUCUGAGAAGUGUAACAGCAUUUUUAAACAAAUAUACAAAUUAAUGCAAAGAAUAAUCUAAAUAUUAAUUUAAAAAACAAUUUUAGGAAAAUAUGUUGUAAUAUAAAUUAAUAAAAUUUUAUUACCAAA